AAAAAGAAGAACUAUUUCCAAAGUGUAGUUAUUAAAGGCAGAAUGCACCCAUUAUAGCCAGACAUUCUUCAGUAUCUGUGAGAGUUUGACAAUAUGUGGUUCGGAUUUGUUCUACUUCAACUUCUGCCUCAAUUCGCCCUCAGUGCUCCUUGUCCCUAUCGCUGCGUUUGUGACAUUAGGGGUUCUGUAAAAUGCACCGGGGACAUCACCGACAUUCCUCCUCUCGACCCAUCGACAACCUUCCUGCUCCUGCUAAAUGACACAAACAUAAAGAUCCUCAAAGACCGAAGUUUCCAGCCGUUCUCUCUUCUGCUACGCCUGAUGAUCACACACAGCACUCUAGACACAAUCCAACCAGAAGCUUUCCAUGGUGCUCCACAACUUCGGUCCCUCAAACUUUCAUCAAACGCACUCUCCGUCUUCCCAGCCAAGGUGUUUAGUGAACAGAGUGACUUGGAGCAGCUGCAGCUAGAUAAUAACCAAAUAGCUUCUGUUAGUUCAGAACUCUUUGAGGCGAUGGUCAACCUAACUGAACUAAAUCUGAGCAAGAACCGCAUCUCCCGGCUGGAUGCUGACGUUUUCCGGGGUUUGAACAAUCUGAUUUACUUAAACUUAGCUGAUAACCAGCUGAGGAACCUCCCGAAUAACCUCUUCCAUAACCUUUUGCAACUCAAAUCUUUGGUGCUCUCAUCCAACCAGUUGGAGACUCUUGAAAAGGGUUCCUUUGACCAUCUAAGCAACCUAUUGGUGCUAAUGCUACAGAAGAACCACAUCCAACAGAUUCCUCCACGUCUUUUCUGGCCUUUGCCAUCCCUACUCACCCUCUCGAUGUCUGCCAACCAACUCCAGGAUAUUCCAGCCGAGACUUUCUACUACUUGCCCAAACUGACCAAGCUAACCCUCUACAAAAACCCAUUGACAUCUCUUCCUUACCAUCUAAUGGGACACAUGCCGAGAAUCCAAGAGCUGUACCUUUACGAAACCAAUCUAUCAACUCUCCCAUGGAACCUGUUUGCAAACAUGACCAACCUAAAAGCUCUAAAUUUACACUUCAACAACAAGUUGACCUCCCUCCCGAAGAACCUCUUCUGUUGCCUGCCCAACCUGAAGAAACUGUCCCUGAAGAACAAUAACCUUGAUGAACUGGACCCGGAGCUCUUCUCGAACUUGGGAAGCCUUCAAGUUCUGAUGCUUAAUGAGAACAAGCUCGAGUCUCUCCCAUCGGCAAUCUUUCGCAACACCUCAAGACUAGAAAAACUAGACCUGAACCACAACCAUCUGAGGUAUCUCCCAGGAGAUGUUUUUGUUCACGCAAGAGUGCUAAAAGAUCUCUCUCUUAGAGGCAAUAAAUGGAAUUGCGAUUGUAGCAUUAUGGGUAUCGCAGAGUGGAUUCGUGGAAACCCAAAUCUAAUCAGUGACUUGGACGAAGUAACAUGCUAUGAACCCUACCGCUUAAAAAACCAUCAGCUGCAAAUGCUGACUCAUGAGGAACUCCUCUGUGGUGUUUUUCAGACCACUUUUAUGGCUACAGGUGCCAUUACCACUGUUGCUCCAACCUUGCAAACGUCUACGGCUACAAGCACAACAGCAACAAAUACUGCGAAAGAAACUACAACUGCAGCUACUUUUCCAACAUCCACUUCUAUACGUUCUCCUACUACUGGUCAUAUUUAUGUGAAACAAGGCAGUGGUAUCGACAUUGAUCCGGCAUUCUACGAUACAAUUGUGCUGGAUAACGGACCUGAAAUUGUGCACAACAAUUACUACAAUGGCUGGGUGUACCUGUGGACUGUCCCGUCAACGGGUACUUACAGUGGAUUCAUGAUGGCUCUGUACAUUGUUCUUUUGGUCAGCGGCGUAGUCCUCAUUGUGGCCAGUUUGUACACUUUGUAUCGGCUUCAUAAGGUGAUAUGGGUGUUGGGAAAAGUCAGUAUGGGAGACAAUCAGAGAGUAAUGGUUAGAAGAGUGCGAAGCUUUAAAGUCAAAUUCUAAAGAAAGCUUCAGUUAUUCUCUAGCGAAUAGUGCAUAUUGUAAUUUGUUUAAUUCUACUAAUAUAAAUGCCUGAGACCACUGAUCAAAAGCACCUGUCUUUUUCUAAUUUUAUGCAACAAAUUUCACUACAAAUGAUGCUCAGCACAACUUAUGUGACAAGCUUCAAAAAACACAUAAUGCAUGUUCCUACAGCCUUUUACAAUAAAUCUUUUGUUUCUUUUCUCACUACAGAAGUUUUCCUUCCUGCAAUUUCGGUGCUUUACAUUCAUAAAACUGAUACGGACGCGCCCUUGGUGGUUGUUUGCAAAGAGUGUGAGACCAAAUAAAAUGCUUCUGUUCCUUGA